AUGCCUUCUCUCGACCCCAGCUGGACUCCGAGCGAAUCCCCCAACGUCCUUUUCAGUGAGCGAUCCUGGUUCGCAGGGAUCUUCAUCACCGCAGUAGCUUAUGGAGCGGCACUCACCCUUGCUGUACAAUGCUUCAGUCUACUCCUUCGUUCCAUGAACUCUAGCAACUACAAGAAAAACCUGUUUUGGAUCAUCUACGUGUCUCUGCUAUUUAUCUGUGCUACGCUGUACGCGGCGGCCGGUGCUAAAAUCAACGAAUUGGCAUUCAUAGAUUACCAUCUCUAUCCUGGUGGUCCCUCCGCAUUCGAGUACGACUAUUUUUGGCUGCCUGUGAACGCCAUGGGCAAUGUAUUCUUCAUCAUUGCCAACUGGCUUUCAGACGCUGUUGUGGUAUGGCGAUGUGUCAUUAUAUACGCAGACUCUGGAUAUCCACGAUGGGUGAUACUUGCUUUUCCUGUCCUGGCUUAUCUCGCAUCUUUCACGCUCAGUCUCAUGUGGCUUAUUCAAGUCUGUAACCCUAACUAUUCACUCUGGGUCUUCAAGAGCGUUAACUUUACGACCCCUUUCCUCUAUGUGUCUUUGGCGAUCAACAUCGUCAUGACCCUAGCUAUUGUUUCGCGCCUAAUGAUGUAUCGAUGGAGAAUCUCGAGGAUCAUGGGGAAGCAAUACGGAAAUCACUAUACCAAUUUGGUGACUAUGCUUAUAGAGUCCACAAUGCUUUACGCCGUGUUCUCGAUGCUGAGCAUCAUUCCCUUCUCCUUGAAACACCCGAUUCAGAAUGUAUUCAUCCAGAUUGUUUCAACAUUGAUGAUAAUCUUUCGGGUUGCAUCAGGCCAGGCUUGGUCCUCAGACACUGCCACAUCUCUGUUCUCCUCGCCGUCACUGACGUCUGAGGAUGCUGAGAUGCAUGGCGGCCAUCCAAAGAUUCAAUUUGUUGAUCCAUGCACGUCUACCGAUACGAAUGGAGACAGCGAUUCUACCUUGAUUACCUUGAAUAGGCAAAAAGGCGAUACAAAUGAGAAGAAACCAGUUCACGAUGAGAAUGAUGAUGCAUCGGGGAAUGCAUAA